AUGGGUCACCCCGAUGAGAUCAAUGCCCUCGAGGCGCAACCGAGCUACUAUGAUGACUCCAAGGUCGAGGUGUCCGAUGAGCCUACCCAACUCAAGAGGGAGCUCAAGGCUCGCCACAUUUCUAUGAUUGCCAUUGGUGGUGCAAUUGGAACGGGUUUGAUUGUGGGAACUGGAAGUGCCUUAACAGCGGGGCCUGGCGCUCUGCUGAUCGCAUACUGCUUCAUGGGUCUGGUGGUGUGGACGGUGAUGUGUGGGUUGGGUGAAAUGGCCGCGUGGCUGCCCCUGUCCUCUGGGUUCACUGGUUACGCGGGCCGUUUCUGUGAUCCUGCGCUUGGUUUUACGCUCGGAUGCUACUACCUCAAAUACAUCAUUCUCCCCCCCACACAACUGACUGCGGCCGCCCUGGUCAUCACCUACUGGCCCAGAGUAUCCGCCGACAAUGUGAACCCAGGUGUCUGGAUUGCCAUCUUCAUGGUGGCCAUCAUCGUGAUUAACUACUUCGGCGUGAAGGUCUUCGGUGAACUGGAAUUCUGGCUGUCGGCCUUCAAGAUCAUUGUCAUUCUGGGAAUCAUCUUGACCUCUCUGAUCUUCGCUCUCGGUGGCGGACCCGACCACGACCGACGAGGAUUCAGAUACUGGAAGUCCCCCGGUGCAUUCAACCACAAGUAUGUCGAGGGUGAUCUCGGAAAGUUCCUUGCCUUCUGGUCCACCAUGGUGCAGGCCACCUUCGCCUUCCUCGGUACCGAGCUCAUCGGUGUCACCGUCGGCGAGGCCCAGAACCCCCGAAAGACCAUCCCCAAGGCCAUCAAGCUGACCUUCUGGCGAAUCAUCGUGUUCUACAUUCUCAGUGUUCUCUUUGUCGGCAUGCUGGUCCCCUAUGACUCCCAGGAUUUGGCCUUUGCCACCAAGGCCAAGAGCUCUGCCGCUGCAUCGCCCUUCGUGGUCGCCAUGAAGCAAGUCGCUGCCCUCCCUCACAUCAUCAAUGCUUGCAUUCUCGUCUUCGUUCUGUCCGCCGCCAAUUCGGAUCUUUACAUCGCCACCCGAACUCUGUACGGUCUCGCUCGCGAGCAGAAGGCACCGAAGAUCUUUGCCCGCACCAACGCCGCCGGUGUGCCCAUUUAUUCCCUGGCGCUGUCUGCCUCGUUCUGUCUGCUUGCCUUCAUGAGUGUCUCCAAGGGUUCCAAGGAAGUCUUUGGAUACUUCACUGACAUGGUCUCUAUCUUCGGAUUGCUGACCUGGAUCUCACUCUUGAUCACUCACAUCUUCUUCAUCCGGGCCCGACGCGCACAGGGUGUGGACGAGAAAACCCUCCCAUACAAGGCGCCUCUCGGAAUCAUCGGUUCUUCCAUCGCCCUCUUCUUCUGCGUGCUCGUCGCCUUCACGCGCAGCUUCGGUGUGUUCAUUCACAACUCGGAGACCUACGGCAACUUUGAUUACAAGACUUUCAUCACUUCUUACAUCGGAAUCCCACUUUACGUGAUGGCAUUCACCGGAUGGAAGUUCUGGAAGAGGACCGAGGUGGUCAAGCCCCACAACGCCGAUAUCUGGACCGGAAAGGCCGAGAUUGAUCGCGAAGAGGCUGAAUUUGAAGCCAUGGCUCUUAUCGAGGACCAAAACAUGUCGCUGCCUAAGAAGGUCUACAAGAUGUGCUUCUCAUGGCUCUUCUAA